UAGGAUCUUCCAGGCGGGGAUGUUUAGUUAGACUUGAUGGCACGUGAUGCUCCUUCUCCGAUCGGUUUAGCGCGUAUGUCAUAGGGACAGAGGGGAAAGCAAGCCCAUCUUUCGCUCGGCUUCUGUCUAUCUCCAGAAAAUCCCGUUGAUCUUACGCUGUUUUACUUGCUCCUUUCUUCUCUCGCCGCUGUUUAACUUAUCAACGGUCCUUCGGGAACUGUUACGCACGGUCUCUUGCUGAACUACGGCUGUUUAUCCUGCCGCCUGACCGCUAUCUGAAGUCACCUGUCUGCGGUUCCCCUCCUAGCGGAAGUCCAGAAGGGCCCUAGGCAACCGCUUUGAGGUCGGAGUCUCUAUCUUAAAACCUAUCCCUCGAUUAUUUAUUCCGAUUUCUGUCAUUGUCAAAAACAGUCAGGAUGUGGGGCUGGUUCGGUGGGCAGUCAGCCCAGAAGAGAAAGGAUGCGCCAAAGAACGCCAUCCUGCUGCUGCGAGAGCAGUUGGAUAUGCUGCAGAAGAGGGAGAAGUAUCUGGAGAGUCAGAUGGCAGAUCAGGAAGCGAUUGCUAGGGAAAAUAUCUCGAAGAAUAAGAACGCUGCCAAAACUGCCCUGCGACGGAAGAAGGUCCAUGAGAAGAAUCUCGAACAGACGAGUGCACAGAUCGCCCAGUUAGAGCAACAGAUCUACUCUAUCGAAGCGGCAAAUAUCAACCAGGAGACUCUGAACGCGAUGAAGCAGGCGGGCGCUGCCAUGGCGCAGAUUCAUGGCAACCUCACGAUCGACAAGGUCGACGAGACUAUGGAUGCCCUCCGCGAACAACACCAGCUCAGCCAAGAAAUUGCUUCGGCUAUCACGAACAACCCACUUGGCGAACAGCCCGACGAGGACGAGCUCGAGGCCGAACUGGAGGGUCUGGAGCAGGAGGCAAUGGACGAGCGGAUGCUCAAGACGGGAACUGUCCCGGUUACAGAUCAGCUCGACAGACUACCUGCUGCGGCAAACGGAGAGCUCAAAGGCAAGGCAAAACAAGAAGAGGAGGAGGACGAGGAAGCAGAACUCGAGAAACUUCGUGCAGAAAUGGCCAUGGGUUAAAUCAUCCUCACUACAUAUCACAAACUCACACCAUCCCACAACCAGCCGAAUGCCUUUUCCGAAAUC